AUGGCUGUUAAUUUCCUCUUCCUCAUCGUCCUCCUCCUAAUACACCACCUUCCUCUCAGAACUUUAGGCCACAACACAAACUUUCAAUCCUUGAACUCCCUUCUCAGUUUACAAGGACUAAGCAAAGGCCACACAGCCAAAGACAUUCCAAACCUCAAACACUAUCUCAAGAGAUUCGGAUACCUUAAUAACUACGACGAGACAACCUUAAACAACAACAACAACCAGAAGGACUACUUUGACGAUGCUUUGGAGUCAGCAGUCAAAUUGUAUCAGAAAAACUACAAUUUGAAUGUCACAGGAAAGCUUGAUUCUGCUACCAUUAAGCAAAUGUCACUUCCACGUUGUGGAGUUCCUGAUAAUGUCCAGUACGUAAUUCCAGGAGCCAAAUGGCCUCCUAACAAAUACCAUUUAACAUAUGCCUUCAACUCCAGCAAGCAACCAGCUCUUCCACCAGAAGAUGUGAGGACUACCGUGGCGUUCGCAUUCACACUAUGGGCAAGAAAUUCUGUAUUUACGUUUCAGGAAGUGGAUCUGGGUCAGCCCCAUGAUCUUGUGUUGGGUUUCCAUCAGGGUUAUCAUGGUGAUAAUGGGCCUUUUGAUGGGCCUUAUGGAGUUUUGGCCCAUGCAACUCCUCCAACGGAGGGGAUAUUGCAUUAUGAUGUGGAAGAGUAUUUUAGCAUAAGUGACCCAGCGGGGGCUGGUAAAAUUGAUUUUUUAUGGGUUUCAAUGCAUGAAAUUGGUCAUCUCCUUGGAAUGGGUCAUAGUUUGGAUCCCUUGGCGGUUAUGUAUGCCACAGUUACACCUGGAAUGAGCAGGAAAAAUUUGAAUGCCGAUGAUGUUGCUGGCAUACAUACUCUGUAUCUCACUCCAUGA